AUGCAGUUAUUGUCGCUGAUAUUCUUAAUAGGACCAUGGCUUCUGACACUGGUCGCUGCCAAGAGGUCCCUGAUAGCGACAUCUUUGGUCACGUGCAUGGAGAAUUCUCAGCUAUCAGCCAGCAGUUUCAAUAUUACCUUCAAUCCGGAUGAUCGAUCUUUGCAUUACAAUUUGAAUAUGGUUACCCAAAUUGAUGGCUUUGUUUUUGCCGAAAUUGAAGUUUAUGCGUACGGAUUUAAGAUUAUUACUGAAAAUUUAGAUCUCUGCUCCUUGAACUGGAAGCAGUUCUGUCCCAUCCAUCCCGGCAACGUUGAGAUCGAUUCCAUACAAUACGUUUCAAGCAGCUACACGAAACGGAUUCCCGGAAUUGCAUAUCAAGUGCCGGACAUCGAUGCAUAUGCAACCGUGAAGAUCUUCAACAAUCAAAGUGAGUAUCUGGCGUGUGUACAGGCUUUCUUUUCAAACGGUAAGACCGUUUCGCAAGUCGGGGUAAAAUGGGCUACUGCGGUGAUUGCUGGUAUCGGAUUGUUGAUGUCAGCGCUUUUAUCUAUUUUUGGUAAUUCAACUGCGGCAUCUCACAUUUCAGCGAAUACCAUGUCCCUUUUCCUAUACUUCCAGUCGGUGGUGGUUGUGGCCAUGGAGCACGUCCAUAGAGUUCCGCCCAUUGCUGCAGCUUGGUCCGAAAAUCUGGCUUGGUCGAUGGGGCUCAUUCGAGUUGGUUUUAUGCAAAAGAUCUUCCGUUGGUACGUUCAAGCCACCGGUGGCAAUCCGUCUUUAUAUUUGACAUCUACUACAAUCUCUGUGCUGACCCAGAGAAGUUUAGACUAUAUGAGAUCGUUUGAACUGUUCAAGAGAGCUAGCGAUGUUCUUUACGGUAAUUCCAAUGUGCUAAUCUUCAGAGGCAUUAAAAGGUUGGCCUACCAAGUUCAUAUUGAGAAUACGUCCGUGGUACCAACUGGUUUCACUUUUUUUGUACUAUGUGGCUGGGUCCUGGCAGGUUUUAUCAUUGUUUGCAAAAAUGCCAUGGACCUAUGUAUAAGGCUCGGCUGGAUGAAACCGACCAGAUUUCCUGAAUUUAGGCAGAAUUGGAGAACGGUUUUGAAGGGAGCACUGUUGAGAUACAUUUACAUUGGUUUCACUCAGCUGAUGAUUUUAAGCUUUUGGGAGUUUACCGAAAGAGAUUCGCCAGCGGUGAUCGUCAUUGCAUGUCUUUUCAUCAUAUUGUGUGUUGGUCUUAUGGGAUGGGCGGCUUUUAGAACCACAUACUUUGCCAGAAAAUCGAUUGAGCUUCACAACAACCCGGCCGCUCUACUUUAUGGUGAUUCAUAUGUUCUUUCCAAGUAUGGGUUUUUCUACACUAUGUUCAAUGCGAAGCAUUACUGGUGGAAUAUCGUGAUUCUAAGUUACAUCUUUUUGAAGUCUUUGUUCAUCGGCUUGGCGCAAGCGUCAGGUAAAACCCAGGCGCUGGCCAUUUUCAUAUUCGACCUUUGCUAUUUUGUUGCCGUCAUAUACUUUCAACCAUACUUGGAUCGUCCAACUAACAUAUUGAAUAUCUGCAUUAGCACUGUGACUUUGGUGAACUCUUUCUUAUUCAUGUUCUUUUCCGAUCUUUUCAACCAAAGUUACAGUGUUUCGGCCGUUAUGGGUUGGGUGUUUUUCAUUAUGAAUGCUGCUUUUUCGCUCAUCCUGCUGUUGAUGAUUUUAGCUUUUAUUGCGAUGAUCAUUUUCUCGAAGAAUCCAGACGUUAGGUUUAAACCAGCAAAGGAUGAUAGAACUUCAUUUCAAAGACACGAUUUAAAGGACGGCACAGUCAUUAGUAAAUCUGUUGCAAAUGAACUAUUGGCUUUGGGGAAUGUUGCCAAAGAUCACAAGGAAAACUGGGAAUCAGAGCUUCGUUAUAAUAAUGCGAUGGAUUAUGAUAACAUGGCCCAAAAGUCUGAUGUAGAAGAUGAAAAGCUGGGACCUGUCUCCUCGAAUAAUGAAAGCUCUAGUACAGCCAAACCAACCUUUUCGGAAAAGAUAAUGAGGAAGCUUUCAUUCAAAAAACCUAUAAACAAGCAGAAUGGCGAAGGCAUUGAAGCGGCCUCUGCAGAAAUAACAAGGUUAACUCCAGAAAGUGAUUCGAUAUCUUCGAUUUCACCAGCUAAGAGAUAUCCCGGUGUAGGCCAUGCUAGGCAAAAGUCUGAAUCGCGCAAUGGUUUGAUGAACUCGUACGAGGAGGAAGAAGACUUUCAGAUAAGUCAACCAAAUAUUCUGGAGAAGCAGCACGAUGGUGACUCUUCGACCGAGCUUCAUGGCAUUCCGAAUAGGGAUUUCAGCCUUGAUAGCAUGGGUAAUCAGCAUCCUGCAACGGAAACGACGGACAUUCUAAACUCGAAAUUCCAAUGA